AUGGACUCGACUCGAACCAUAUCGGAACUAAAAUCAGCAUUCAUUCGGGGCCAGGUUCGCAUUCUAUCCGAGAGUCUCGAACCGCCCGAGGACUGGAAGAACUAUGCAGUGGAGACGGAAGAGGGCGAUUUGCCUGAGAAGGUGAUCGCCGAUGUAUUGCACAAAGUCAAUGUCGAAGCCAAACAGCACCAUCGCGUCGUCUACUCUUCACAGGCAAUCCACCAUGUAGCUCACCAGGUUGCCAGUCUCUAUUGGUCUUCGGUCAAUCAGGAGACACAAGACAGAGCUUCUUUUGCCAAUGGGGUAGAGAAGACAGCGGACUUGUCUCGACAUAUGAAUAUCAUGAAACUACCAUUGGAUAUCGAAUCACACGGUGCGAGUGAUGAGGCAAAUAACAGAUACCAACAGCUCCGAGAACGACUGGUGACGCUGGACGAGCAGCGUCAGCAACGUCAACGAAGACUCGACCAAUUACGACACAUGCAGCGCCUGCUCGGACCCUUCAAAGAUCCCCAGAAGGAUAUCCAGCCGAAUCUUGUCACCAAAGAUGGAGAGCUGGUCCAAGAAUUGGAAAAGAUGCGAAUGCUGGCCGCGCGGGUUGGAGGACGGAUCUCUCAGCAGAAGCAACGCCUCAGCACCCAGGAGGGCCAGGAAUAUUUACUACCAGGGUCUGGCCCAAGGAUAGGGGCCUUGUUCGAUACGGAGUCAUGA